GACGUUAGCGAGGGGCUCAUGGCUAAAAUGUCCAUUCGAGUUCCUGGAGCGCUACGGUGAGCACACAGGUAUCGCCGCGCUAGCCGUCAUCGUUGAAAACGAGGAGCUAGACAAGAAACGCAUCAUUCACGAUGCUACACAUGGUGUGCGCGUUAACCACCGGAUCAAGUGCCGGGACAAGCUACGUUCACCUGGUGCUAGGGAAAAGAAGCACCUGCUAAGGGAACACGAGGAGGUCGAUACCAGGGAAGAGGUUCGUGGGGACCCCGCUAGCCAGACGGUCUACGUGAACCUUGUGGGGCUUGGCCCGGACUUUCCGCUAGACCUCCUCCUCUACGCCGACGACCUGGAAGCUAUGGGGAAAGGCCCUCGCAGAAGGCUAGGGAGACUCGGAUUCGCCUCCAUUGCGCUAGACUGGGAACGGCCUUUCCUGAGACCGCUGCACGCCUGGUCCUCGGCAGAGCCUGGGCCCUUGACGCUACCAACCAUGACCAGGGUGCUAUGUGGCUGGUUGGCCGACCGCCUUGACUCGGAAAAAGGCUACAGAAACCGGAGGCUGCUGGAAGACGCGGCCCCGCUGGGCUUCUUCACGGACGCUAAGGCCGAAACCGGCCGCGCGUGGAUCGGCGGGUUCCUCGAGCUAGUGGACGGCUGCCAAGGGCCCUGGUUCUCGCUAGAGGUCGUGGAGAGCUGGGCUCCCUGGGCCUUCGCUAAGCGCGAUCCUGGGAAGGUCAUCGCUGCGCUGGAAUUGCUCGCUACCCUGGUUGGCGUCCGCCUGUGGGUGCCAGAUGGUGAUGCUAAGAAGACGUCACUAUCAGAGGCUACACGGACAACCAUGCAGUCCAACGAGUCCCUGCUAAG